AUGGCGGCUGUUGGAUUAGUCUCUCAACUACUGUCGAAAUACUCAAGUUCCGAUAGGAAUGGAACCAACGAACCAAACCUGAUUUCUUACACAAACGCUUGUGAAGAAGAUCCAGAGCUCAAAUCCUUUGGUUCUUCGCUUGACCAACGAUUUAGCAAAUUGAAUCGCUCGCUCACUACAGGAGUCGAGACUGAAAAAUUCUCCCUAAACGCAGUCAAGUCGGUAUGCGGGUUUCUAGUUGAAAUGAACCAAAAGUUGGCCGAGAGCAUUAUCGCCAACGUAGAUUUAUUGAAGAACGAAGAGCUAAGGUCUUUGGUUGAUCUCUAUUUUGAGAGUUCCACUAGUACUUUAGAUCUAUUUAAUACAGUGGGGAACUGCACCAGUAAAGCAAAACUAAGCAUUGUGAUCAUUCGAAUCGUGAAAGAUCAAGAGAAAGCUUAG